ACGCCGCGCCGGUCACCUGACGCUGCUGCGGACUGAAGAGACACAAGGGAAGUCGCUGUCGCCACAGUUGGGUCUUCUCUCGCCGUAGCCGCCUGCAGUCUGCAGCCCCCGGGACCCUCCGCCCCACUGCCUCCGCCUCGCCGCCCGCGCCAUGCCGUCGGAGAAGACCUUCAAGCAGCGCCGCACCUUCGAACAAAGAGUAGAAGAUGUCCGACUUAUCCGAGAGCAGCAUCCUACCAAAAUCCCAGUGAUCAUCGAACGGUACAAGGGCGAGAAGCAGCUUCCUGUCCUGGACAAAACCAAAUUCCUUGUACCUGACCAUGUCAACAUGAGUGAGCUCAUCAAGAUCAUUAGGAGGCGCUUACAGCUCAACGCUAACCAGGCCUUCUUCCUGUUAGUGAACGGACACAGCAUGGUGAGUGUGUCCACACCGAUUUCUGAAGUGUAUGAAAGUGAGAAGGACGAAGACGGAUUCCUGUAUAUGGUCUAUGCCUCUCAGGAGACAUUUGGAGUGAAAUCGUCUGUGUAAGACUAGAAAAAUGCAUCUGUUCUUGAAUUUUUUUAAACCCUUACCAAGGAAAAAAAAAAAAAAGGGAUAUUAGCAACUGAGGGUUGAUCCGAUCAUCCAGUCACAGAUCAUCCAAACAGUAGUGUUCCUGCCUAGGAGUUUUAGGAAGUUGUUUUGUACCACAAGCAGGAAAACUGGGCUCGGUGAGCACAUCCAGCUUUGGAAAACUCCAUUAUUUAACCUAGGCUGUUUUGUUUUCAAAUUUAGAAGUUUAAAAAUAAAACACUUUGCAUUCUAAGUUGCCAAUAAAACAGACCUUCACCGUAUUUUAA